GAGUCUGCGCAGUCGCGUUUGUUCUCGUCACUCCGAACUUUCGGGAGAACCGCGGAGGAAGAAGGGGAGGGAGCGAGAACAGCGCCAUUUUCCCUGGUCCCUUUGCAGUCAGACCGGAGUCUUUGGUCCAGACUGGCAGGAGGAUCAGGACUAGACUAGUCCUGGAGGGACUCGGUGUCAAGCUGAGUUGUAGCGUGGCUGUCAGAAGGAGAAGAAGGAGAGGGAGGAGGAGGAGGAGGUGGAGGGGAAGAGGACGGAGGCGCGGCCAUGUCGGUGGCGUGGCGUGAAGACGAGGAGGAGUUCAGGGUGGGAGGAGUGAAAGGAGCGCUGAAGGCCAAACCGAGGUUCUCCUUCACCGAGGUCAAAGUGCUGCUGGAGGCGGUGAAGAGGAACAGAUACAUCAUCCUCAGGAAGUUUAACCAAGGGGUGUCGGCGGAAACCAAGAAACAGACCUGGGCUGAAAUCACCAAUCAGAUCAACGGCCUGGGAGAGAAUCACAGAGAGGUGCGUCAGAUCAUGAAGAAGUGGGCGGACCUUAAAUGUGACGGAAAGCGGCGUAUCGUCGCCCUCCGGGGCCCCAACGGCAGCAACCUGAGGAAGAAGCACCUGGGCCCCGUGGAGAGGAUGGUCCAUAAGAUCCUGAUGAUGAGUCCCAGAGGAGACGGCGACAGUGAUCUGGAACUCGGCGAAGAUGAGGAUUUUCCAAAGCUUUACAGUAAAGCCCCGCCCUCUAACGCCACCCCUGCCGCCUACUCCUACCUCAGCCUGACAGACAGUUCCUACUCUUUACCCGGAGGAUCCUCCUUAGACAUUUCCCCUCUGUCCUCACCAGAGAAAGAUGUUGGUGCCGAUCCUUUUCAUUCCUCCUCUGAGUUCGACUUAGACCUGGCUGACGACGGAGAACAAACGAUGGAUUACGACGAGAACGAUGACUCCAUGUUCUCCUCCUACGCUCCCGCUCUGCCACCGCCCUCCACCUCCACCUCCCUGGACCCCCUCCCCGACGACGCCCUGCUGAGGAUCAAGCCGGUCCACACCUACUCCCGGAACAGCAGCCAGAGCCAGAACGGGCAGAGCACCACCUCCUCCAAACCUCCACCUGGACCCUCCACCUCCUCUGAUUUCCCUCCAGUGUCGGACGCAGACGCCGCCGCCGCCUCCUCCUCUGCUGCACCUCCCUCGUCGCGGUCCCCCUCCAACACGACAGCCGCCCCCGUCCCCGCUCCGCCUCCCGCCUCCUCCUCUAAAUCUAUCGCAGCCGAUGACUCUACCUCUAACCCCGAGCCCUCCACUUCCUCCAUCCCUCCGCCUCCCGCUCCUGUUGCCUCCUCCUCCUCCGUAGCUCCGACCUCUUCUGCCCCCUCCUCCAACUCCAAUCAACCAUCUCCCUCCUCCUCUUCCUCCUCCUCCUCAGCCCUCCCGCCCAAUCCUCCCUCCACCUCGGGCUCAAACCCGUCCGACCCCCUCCCGGCCGGCGCCUCCUCCCGCAGGGCUUACGACCACGUGGCCCAGAUGGCCUCCCAGAGCCUCCAGCAGCAGCGGGCCAGCAGGAUGCUGCUGACCUCGGUGUCCCAGUCUCUGGAGGUUCUGGCCCAGUCCGUCCAGCUGCUGGUGGAGAGCCAGCAGGAGUUCGUGCAGGAGUCUCUGCUGCUGCAGCGGGAGACGGUGGACGUCCUCCGGGACUUCUCCAACACGGCGCUGACUAUGCUGAGAGACAAAGCCAACAGCGGACAGCUGGCUGCACACCACCAUCCCACGCCACGCUUCUGAAGGACGGAGGACAAACCGCUAGUUUUCAUCAGAGGCAACGUGGACAGGAUGGAAGCCGAGUGCAGGUAGAUCACAGGCCGCCAUGUUGGAAACAAUCCUCUUACGGCAGCGGGACAGAAAGGUUCACCCAGAGGCGAACUGGUGACAGACACACAGUUUAAUAUCGCAGUGCCUCCAUAUCUGUUUCCUCUUAUUUACUGUUUGUUGGUGAAAGUUUUCCACACUGUAAUUGGCAUUUUAAAACGUGGUGUUUUAAAGCUGCUGAAGUCCACACACACACACACACACACACACACACACACACACACACACGCGAUGGUGCUGCUGUGCGGAGAUACAAACACAGACGGAGAUGAACACUAGGCGGCGCUACGUACAGCGAGCCCCGGGACACCGAGAGGAACUGUAAUGUGUCGGCGGCAGAAUCUGAACGUACUAACCCUGCUCUUGUUUUAUUGAACGGUUUUAUUUCACACGUUGCUUUCAUCGUCCUUACAGAUGUGCAUGGAGCGUCGGGAAUCAUUAGGAAGAGAAAUAAAGUAAGAAAAACAGACGGACUGAAUUAAAAAGUGCUCUCAGACCUCCCGCCCUCCACUACGGUGAUAACUUCCUACAUAUUCUUCACAAUAAAAGUCUUAAACGCUUUUAUUAUGAAGCAGCAGAACCGGGAAGGGUUGCGUCUUCAUUCAGAGAGGUCGAUAUCGGGAUGUUUCAGGGUAUUUCUGACAUUGUUGACAUUCUUCCACUCCUCCCGUAUUACUGUGGUUGGUCGUCCAGCGGAUCUCCUGUCACCGAACCACUUCCACACUACCGGAGUCGCUCCCCGAAUCCCGGCGGGCACAAACAAAGACUGUCAUCCCAGAAUUUCACACUAAUAGGACUGUAGACUUUUGGGGACUCCAGAACCAGAUCUGGAUCCGGGGGGGGUCUGAAACUGGAGGCAGGAAGCACAUUAAGUCCUCGCCCCUCCUCUUUUACCUACUGCUGAAUUUAAAGUUCUGCCAUUUCCAAAAGGACUAAGAAAUCGUCGAGUCAUGUUAUUCCUGCUGAGUCAUGCAGGUGAAUCCACUUCUUAUUGUUUUUGUUUGUUUUUGGUGGAAUGGUUAUUUACUGUUGUGUCGAAGGUCUGCACUUUAUUUUACUUUACGUUGUUGUUUUCUGUGCUUUGGUUGUCCCACAAUGCAAAGCUAAAGGUAAUAAAGGUAAAAGGAGUGCAAACGCC